AGAGAGAGAAAGAGAGAAUCGAAUCAUCAAUGUCGUCGGAGGAAGAGAAUAAGAUGACAAGAAUCUCUAUCGAACCGGAGAAGCAAACACUUCUUGAUCAUCACACCGAGAAACACUUCACCGCCGGAGAAAUCGUCCGUGACAUCAUCAUCGGUGUCUCCGAUGGUUUAACCGUUCCUUUUGCACUAGCCGCCGGUCUCUCCGGUGCCAAUGCUUCUUCUUCUAUCGUCCUUACCGCCGGAAUAGCCGAAGUAGCUGCCGGCGCUAUCUCCAUGGGACUCGGCGGGUACUUAGCUGCCAAGAGCGAAGAGGAUCAUUACGCGAGGGAGAUGAAACGAGAACAAGAAGAGAUCGUGGCCGUUCCUGAGACUGAGGCAGCUGAAGUGGCAGAGAUACUUGCACAGUAUGGGAUAGCUCCACAUGAAUACUCACCUGUGGUUAAUGCUCUUCGUAAGAAUCCUCCAGCAUGGCUUGAUUUUAUGAUGAGGUUUGAGCUGGGGUUAGAGAAGCCUGAUCCAAAAAGAGCGUUACAAAGCGCGUUCACGAUUGCAGUCGCUUAUGUUCUUGGCGGUUUUAUACCGCUAUCUCCCUACCUGUUCAUACCGCAUGCCAUGGAUGCGGUUGUGGGGUCUGUGAUCAUAACGCUGUUCGCUCUCUUCAUAUUUGGCUAUGCAAAAGGGCAUUUCACCGGCAGCAAACCCCUUAGAAGUGCGUUUGAAACCGCCUUUAUAGGAGCCAUCGCCUCAGCCGCUGCUUUUGGUUUGGCUAAAGUGGUGCAACAUUAGCAGCUGUAACAAAACUUAUGUAGCGUUUUUAUGUUUUCUUUUCUUUAAUUUGUAACUUCUUUUUAUUGCAUGACUUGUGGUUUCUUAUCACGCUCAAA